UAUAUGGGUAGCCAAUGAACGUCACGCACGGACAGGGCAUAUAAAAGUAACAGUCUAGCUACAUGACGACCAGACGUGAACUGGAUAAGAGAUAAAAAGGUUUUUGUACCUUAGAAUGAAGCACACUGGAGUUCUCGUUGUGUUGUUGGUGGCUUUGAUGCUUGUCCAUGAAGGACUGUGUUCGUCAAGUGCUGCUCCUUCGGGAGGGGGUAGUGUAGGUGGUGGGACAGGAGGCGGACCUAGUGGAACAGGAACCGGAACUGGUGGGACAGGAGGCGGAUCUAGUGGAACAGGAACCGGAACUGGUGGGACGGGAAGCGGCAGUGGUACUGGACACGGUAGUGGUAGUGGACACGGUGGUAGUGGAGGGGGUGGGGCGUCUGGAAUUACCGGAAGUGUGUUACUGACUGCGCUUUCAUUUUGCUUUUUAUACUUCAUGAAAUUAAAGUAGAAAACAUUUGACAGUUUUGGUUUAACCAUUAUUAACAAUGGACACCACAGAACUGACAAUUAUGAUUGCUUGUUAACAUAUGACAUCAUUUAAUGAAAUCUAGAUAUUGCUUAUCAUAAUACAAAAGGAAAUAUCCUGUGCCGCAGAAGAAGAAAUGACUCCAUUGGUUUAUUGUUUUGUACGAGUAUCUCUUCUGCAUUUAGUUAGGAUAUUGUAUCAGGAGCGUGGGACGUAAUUUGUAACGUUGCAAAUCUGAAAUAAAGGACAAGUGAUUUUGA